AUGGAUAAAGGUUGGAUGUCCAAAAAUAGAUUAUCAAACGAGUACGAAGUAGGAGUGGAGUCUUUCUUGCAGUUUGCCGUUAAAAAUGGGAAAAAUCCCAAUGCUAUGCCUUGUCCUUGUGUCAAGUGUGGCAAUCUACGCGAGAAGGAUGUCAAAACCAUAAGAGCGCAUCUCACAUAUAAUGGCAUGGAUUUAACAUACGUUAGUUGGAUUUUUCAUGGGGAGAGAAGUAGACCUAACACAAGCAAUAAAGAAGAAGAAGAGAGCAGUGUGGGUCAUGAUUUUUAUUCGGAUGAGCCAGUAGACAUGGUGCAUGAUGCAUAUGUUGACAAUCCAACUCAUUUUCAUAGACUGCUCGAGGAAGCUGAAAUGCCAUUAUAUUACUCCUCAUCAUUUUGUUCGAUGAUAGAUUUACAUAAUUAUUUUCCCAAAUCAUUUUGGAUAGACGCCAUUGAAGACAUCUUCGAUUCUUCGCUAAAUCUUGAGGAUUCCCACUUGAGAGAAGGCUACGACGAGGGCUACGCUGACGGCAUAAUCUCAGGCAAGGGAGAGGGCCAACAAGUCGGGCUGAAAACCGGGUUCGAAACGGGCGAGGAAUUGGGCUUUUACCGCGGCUGCGUCGCCGUCUGGAGCUCCGCCAUCCGGGCCGACCCGAAUUUCAUGUCUGCCCGAAUUCAGAAGACAAUCAAGCAGAUGGAUGAAUUGCUUCGGAAUUACCCAAUGCUCGAGCCGGAAAACGAGUCCGUCUCCGACGCCAUGGAUGCUCUGCGCCUCAAAUUUAGGGUUAUUUGUGCUAGCUUGAAUCUCAAAUUGGAGUACAAGGGUUAUCCCAAGGCAUCCGAUGCUGGAGAUAUUGGGUUUUGAUGCUUACCGCCAACUGUUUGAUUUAUGUCCUACGAGAGGAUUUUGAUGAUUGCUUCAUUGUGAAGUUGCAUUAUACUAUAUGUCUACCUAUCGUUUUACA